AGGGGAUUGUCAGAUGCAGCAGAGUCAGUGCAGGGAGCUGUCACUAUGGAGAGGGGUCUGUGUGUCGGUCUGCUGCUCCUUCUCUGCUACAUCCAGCAGUGUCACUCAGCAUCCAAUGGGACGAUAGUGAGUUUAUUGGAAUGUCCAGACACUGAUAUCUGUGAUGUGGCUAGCCAUUGCUGUCUGUCCGGCAUGGACAGUUAUGGCUGGAUCGCCGCCACCAUCGGCUGGGCCUUGUGGUUCUUCACGUUGAUCCUCCUCUGCAUCUGUAAGGUUAUGGACCUCCGUCCCGAUGAGCCCAAAUACCUCCAGGCCUGAGGGGCGCACAGAAUGAUGGACAUUGGUGCUGCAGAGCGAUGACUUGGGAAAUCCAGCAACUACUGACUUCAACACAUUAUCUCCCAUGAAGCAGUUUUAUAAAAUGCAGGACUGUGCUGUCGGUUAACCCCCUUCAUCUUGGAACACGUUGCAAUUAAGCCUAAAAAUUCCCAGAGUAUUGUCCGUGGCACCCAUCCAGCAAAUAUAGUCACACGGUCAGAGAACCCUAGGGCACAGACAGAAAAAAUGGAGGCCUACGUUGCUGCAUCAAAAAGCCCCAAAAAUAUCACUUUCAGAAGAAGGUGGCAGCUAUCUGUUAUUUCCAGUGCAGGUUGCGCUUGCUAAUAUUUUUGUUGUUUUGGAUAGGGGUAACGAAGAGUUAUAGCAGAACUCCAGCCAAAAAAAUAAAAUAAAUUAUAGUUCUUUAAAAGCUAUAGUGAAACCAUCAUUUGCUGCAAUAUUCACCUUCAGUCCAGAGAUUUCCCUGACAGUCCUUUUUUCUGAUGCUAGAUUCAUAAUUUUGAUGGUUAGAAUAAUUUAGCGAAUUUCCUCUGAACCCAGGUUGUCAUGGAUCCACCCCAAGCCUGUGACUGGACAGGUAAAGGAGAAGCAGCAUGCUGAGAAGCUUCCCUCUCUGCUCUCUCCUCCCAUCUGCAUUCGUUGGAUGUAUCCUUCUAUUGCUUCUUCCUCUCACACUCCAGCUCUGCUGAAUAAGGACAAGGCUGAUACCAGUUCAAGUUCAGGGACUUAGCGCCUGCAUUAAAAAUGCAUUUAACGAUGUAUUAUUGAUUA